UGUACGUAUUGUGCAGUGUCGCCCUUAGCUUUUUGAGCGUGUCGCCGGAGGUCAAAAUAUAGUACACAGUACAUAUCGCAAACAUUAGCAUUCGUGCUUUACAAAGGAAUAUAGAUUACACGGGAAUUUGAAUAUUUAAAAUGAGUUCGUCAAAAAGUGUUGCAGUUGUGACGGGGUCGAACAAAGGUAUAGGGUACGCGAUUGUCCGGGGUCUCUGCAAACAGUUUCAAGGAGACGUCAUAUUAACAGCACGCAACGAGGCAAAUGGUCAAGAAGCCCUCAAGAAACUUAAUGCAGAAGGGCUCAAGCCCGUGUUUCACCAACUUGACAUCACAGAUGACACAAGCAUUCAGCGCAUGCGCGACUUUCUGCAGAAGAACUACGGUGGCCUGGAUGUUCUCGUGAAUAACGCGGCCAUAGCUUACAAGAUGGCCGCCACAGAACCCUUUUCCGAGCAGGCUGAGGUAUCCAUGGCAACCAAUUUUUGGGGAACGUUAAACGCAUGCAACGUUCUGUUUCCAUUACUAAGACCCCAUGCCAGAGUCGUGCAUGUGUCCAGUAGGGCUGGGUCAAUGACCGCGGCGAAAUGCAGUAAGGAGUUACAGACACGCUUUCUGGAUCCGGAACUGAGCAUGGCGAAAAUUAAACAACUCAUGAACGAAUUUGUCGAAUCCGCAAAAGCAGGCACCCACAAGGCCAAGGGCUGGCACGAAUCCGCCUACGGUACGAGCAAGAUAGGGGUCACUUUGAUGACCUUUGUACAACAACGAGAGCUUAGCGCCGACAGUCGACCAGAUAUUGUGGUUAAUGCGUGUUGCCCAGGAUAUGUGGCCACAGAUAUGACCAGUCAUAAGGGAACCAAGACCAUCGACGAAGGAGCAGAUACCCCCCUGUUCCUUGCCAUGUUGCCACCGAACACAACAUCUCCGAAGGGACAGUUCGUCGCUGAAAGAAAAGUCCAGAACAUGCUUUAAAUGGCGAACAUUCAGAUGAGAAAAAGGAAACUUCACCCCGUUUUCUCACCUCGUCUCAAAUAUGCUCACCUGGGCUGGUCAACACACAUAUUUUCGUUAACAAAAAUGUAACAAUUGAGCAGUAGAGAAUUUAUGCGCAAAUAGUGAAGCAUGCGUAAUGGUAUACACGUUAAAUCGGAAUUUACUAGAUGUAGGUUAGCAUGAGCCAGGCAAUCGCAUGGCACUGUAACAAGUAACUUGUUACUGAAUUAUAGGACAUUUCCGAUGAUUAUGUUAUCAAAAACUGUAAUAAUUUAUAAGGAAGAGUGUGUUAUUUAAAAAUAUAAUAAAUUCUAAGGAAGAGUGUCAUUCUACUUGAGAUUGCUCGUUAAUAGUGGUAUACUCAUACUAACCUAUGUAAUAAUAUUUUUACGGUGUGUUUUCUCACCCCCGAUUUUCAUCUUUUGUUGCAUUAUAAUCCUCCAAUAAUUUAUGGAGAACUGUUUGAAAUAUGUACUUUCCAAUGUGUUAUUAUUUGAUGUGUUAGCUUAUUCUUGUAUAUCAGUAUUAUUCUGACAAUGCCACCAUACAUCUGUUAAAUAUCCUACAGCUUGAUGCCUGUAUGAAGAAGCUUUUUUUAAUAUAACAAAUAAAACUUUCUUUUCAAGUGA